AUGUCUAGUCAGUAUCAUCAGAAAUUUCGUAAUUGUUGGCUGCAAGAUCCACUAUUAAAAGAUUGGUUACAAUCUAUUGAUAGUACUGCUGGUAAAUUAGCUAAGUGUACGAUGUGUGGUAUAACUUUGAGGAAUUAUUAUGCAGAUUUAAAAAGUCAUGCAUCAACAAAAAAACAUCAAGAAAAUUCUAAGCUUAUUACUAUUCAAUCGAAGCUCCCGUUUAAACCAGUGGAUACCAAAAUUUCGAAAAUCAAAGAAGCUAGGUUUUCAUUGUUUACAGCUAUGCACACGAGCUUAAGAGUGAUUGAUCACUUGGGUGAAGUUGUCAAUCACUCUCUUACUAAUGAACAAGACAAAAUCAAGUUACACCGAACACAAUGUUUAAAAAUUAUUAUGAAUAUAUGGGCACCACAUUUUUUACAAAUUCUCAGAAAUGACUUAAAAGAUCAACCCUACAGCUUAUUAAUUGAUGAGUCUACAGAUAUCACUGUAAUCAAGAACCUGGGUAUCAUAGUUAUUUAUUAUAUCAAUAAUUAUAAAAAAAUAGUAUCUACCUAUCUGACUUUAGUUCCGAUAGUUGACUGUGAUGCUAAUGGCAUUAUUUCUGCGAUAAAAGAUACUCUAAAGCAAUUCAAUUUAUCAUUAACAAACAUGAUGGGCAUUGGUACGGACAAUGCGUCUGUCAUAACAGGUAUCAAUGAGGGUGUUCACGCUAAGCUUAAAAAAGAGGUUCCUCAUUUGAUUUUAGUGCGUUGUAUAUGCCAUUCAUUACAGCUAGCCAUCUCUAGCGCCGCAAAACAAUUUUUACCUAGAAAUCUAGAAUACAUAAUCAGUGAAACCUACAAUUGGUUUUCUCGCUCCGCAUCCAGACAGGCUAAAUACAAAGACUUUUAUAAAACAAUUAAUGACGGACAAGAUCCAUUAAAAAUUGUGCAAUCAUCGCAGACAAGAUGGUUAUCGAUUGAAUCUGCUGUAUCCCGUAUUUACAACCAAUGGCUAGAGUUGAAAACUCAUUUUUCUAUAGUCAAAUUAGACGAAAGAUGUUAUGUAGCAGAAGUUUUACACGGAAUGUAUAAUAAUGAUAUUAAUUACGUAUUUCUUGCUUUUCUUUGGUAA